GACUCUUAACUCUCAUGUUAGCAAUACGAAGUCUAGCGAAUAAGCAGCCACUGGUAGCGCACUUAAGUAGACAGGCUAUUAGACUACAGCACAAUCAACAAAAUAAACGUUUCUUAGAACCAACACCGUUAUCACCAAAGGCUAGACCACCUAAACAGCAUUCUGAUCUCACGAAGAAGGUCGCAUUUGGUAUAGCCAAGUUAUUUGGAUACAAUAGCGACACUAGCACUGCUAUAAGGACCACGUCCGACUAUUAUGAUAUAUGCGCUGAAUGGGAUAAAGAUCAACUGAAUUUCUUGAAGGAAGCACACCUACCACCUACAUUCAACACCUGGUUUCACCUCACAAACCUUCAUAUUUGGAUGCUGACUGUCAGGUUUAGAGCACUCCCAGAACCACUCGGGAGAAUGUAUGUACAAGAGCUCAUCAAUCACUUCUUCAUAGACAUAGAAUCACGUAUUAGAAAUAACUUUAAAAUUACCCAAGAACGUACAAUAAAGAGUUACAUGAUGGCAUAUCUUGAAAUGUGGCGUGGUAGUGGUGUAGCCUACGACGAAGGACUCAUUCGUGGUGACGCCGUCUUAGCCGCUGCAUUCUGGAGAAACAUUUACUCAGGAAGAGGUGUAAAAGAAGAGAUCGACUCCGGUGAUAUGGAAUUAUCACCUUCAGGUAGAAUCGUCAGAGAAGAGGAGGGUAUACAAGGUCAAGCUAUGGAAGUCGGGAUACCAAUCUACAUAAAUAGUUUAGUAGAAUACACGCGUAGUGAAUUGCAUCGUCUAGAAUCACUCGAUGACGAACACAUUCGUCGUGGAAUUGAUAAUAAAACAACAGCAUUUGGUAAACCAAAGUUAGAGUUUUAAAUAAUUUAUAUAUACUGACUAUUUAUACAUGUUUCUUUAUCUAUAU